AUGUACCACCGGUACUUCAACCCACUCAUCAGUGGUCGAGGUGCUGUACCCGUCCCUCCUGCGCCCGGCUUUCCCAUUCCCAUGGGAAGUCCUAUGGCAGCUCAGGUCCCACUGAUGCCAACACCGGUAGCGGUAGCACCACCAGGCACGAGCAUUGCAUCACUGAACCAGUGCCUGGAUGGUAUGAUGAGCCGUGUUGUUACCAGUGAUGGCAGUAGUUCGAACAACAGCAACAGCCAUCACCCCUAUCAGAGCAACCACAACCACAAGCCCAACAACCACACUACUUUUACAGCUCCAUUAUCAUCAUCAUCAUUUGCAGCAGCUCCUCCCAAUAAUAAGGUCUCGUUUCAUGACAUGCGAAUGGAAGUCCGAGUGGUAUCCCUGGCCUGUCUGAGUGAAGAAAUGAGGAACGAUAUCUGGUACAGUCAGUCGGACAUUGAAACCAUGCGGACCGAAGCUCGUGAUCUCUGUCGAUUUGUACGCGUCAACCCACUCGCUUAUCCGGCCGAACAUACCAGAGGUUUAGAGCUCCGAAUCUCACUCGAACGACAGUGUCGAAAGCAAAUGACGGUGCAGGGAGUUGUCGAAGCACAGCGCAGGUGUGCCGACCCCGAUGCCCUGGCAUGUUUGGCACAACGAUGCUCCAUGGUACCCAAAGAAAUGGCCUUGGCGCAAGCACAACGCGACUAUUGCACUGCCUAUUCAUCAUCAUCCUCAUCAUCCAAUAAUAAUCCAACUGUGUCUGCAGACAACACUAACAGCAACGAUACAACGAUCACAAAGCCAGCAGCCGAAGAAAAGACGUCUGAGGAGGCGGCAGCAAUACAUGUAUCAUUAUCGGCAAGGAUUCCUACAACAACAACAAGAAGUGAGCAGGUACCUGCAGCAAUGGCCGCGGCAAACAACACCAAGCUACCCAGCCACCAUCCCCGAAACGGACUCACGGGUGUCGACUACAAGGUGGCUGUUGGCAAUACGAUAAUCAUUAGAGCUUCGGGGGGCUACGACCAGUUUGAACAGAAUGCUGCCAGAUUCGGUGGCCCGCAGGAACAGGCAGCGGCACAACAACAACAACAAUCGCAUAAUAUGGAUAUGCAACAACAGCAACAGCACUUUCUCGAUUCGUUCGAGCCCAUACCCUUGGGGGCGACGGCAUCAGCAUCGGCAGCAGGUCCUCCUACCAUGCCGAAUGACGAAACCAUGGUGGCAAUACUAGACACUUUUGGCAACACCAAACGAUCGUCGCGAGAGAUGCGGACGGACCCGCAAUCCAGGAUGGUCAGACCACGAUUUGGAAGAUACCCCGGGACGUGAAGGAACUACACUGAACGGUAGGCACAGUGUGGAAAGCCAACAUGCGGGCUAACACAGGACGGCAAAUGCUGCCUAUUGGAAGGGAGAAUCAUGCGGCUUGCACACAAUCGAAUCUCGCACAUGCAUGCGGGUGAAGUUGAUUCGCGACGACGUUUCGCGUGGCUUGCUGUCCACGAGCGAGCUGGCACAGAGCAGGACGUAUCGACCUCUUUCAAGCAAGCAGUGCCGUACACCGUACACCUCCACGGGGAUCGAUGGUUGGUCACCCAUUUGGAUCAUAGUCAUGUUGUAGACUACUGUUGUGAGUUACUAUGAUCUAUCUCGCUGCUGGCUCCGUUGCGGAACAGAUGCUGGCAUCAGAACCAAUGUGGCGCCAA